AUGUUCGACCGCUAUCUCGCUGAGUCAGCUGUGAGCAUUGACGAGCGGCUGCUUGGUAAGCGAAUGCUGCGAGAGAGCAACGCUUUGUCUCCUGGUAAAACGUCUGGAUUUAAGCCAGUCAUUAGGGAAGCCACGUCUAUAAUUAGCGAAUCACAGCUGACUGCACUAGCUGCUCACUCGUUCGAAAAAGUGAGCACUUCGCCAAGAGGACCAAGAGCGCGAUUUUGUCGCCGUCCAAUCGGCUAUGUGGUGAUGCCACGCGACACCAGCGAGGAAGUGACUAGAGAGAAUUGGAGUCGACGAUUCUCGAAAACCGUGUUCGCUAAUCUGGUACCGUUUCGCAAAACGAGCGACGAGAGCAAGUCACCCACGACGCAGCUCAAAGCACGGCGUCGUGCCAGCGCCGCUCCGGAGGUCUUGCUCGCCACGAGCGCCGCUGCAAGUCCGGAAAUCAGUGCAGUACACAAGCAAAGGCAACGCCGACGUAGUGCCGACCGUAUAUACGCACUCAAGAGCAAUCAGGGGAGCAGAUCGCAUCCUAACAAGAACUAG